UACGUCAAACUCAAGACUUCUUGGUACCAUGGCUCACAGCAAACAAUUUCAAGUAGUCGCAAUUGCGAUUUUGUUGGUUAUGCAACAUUGCUGGGCUAUGCCAUUUGCGCCGACUGACAAUGACAUUGAUAUUGAUGGCCACUAUCAGGGCACGGGGGGAAGUGCGGCAGGCAAUGGUCGACCUGUGGAUUAUCACACAGUUGUGGGUCACUUCAAAGACUUCUUCAUGUAUCUGCCUGUCAUGAUGACCACGCUAAAGGAAACUAUGUCCGGUUUUCCCAAAUUCGCCGAGGGCGUUCGCAUAUUAUCUGGAAAGGGGCGUGUCGAUGGCGAGGACUGCAAGUGUAGUCAGAAUAAUCUGUCUAUAGGAACUAGCAGCGAGGUAUUGGACAAUAGCAAUCGCUUUGGUUAAUAACAAUUAGAAGAUAAUGUAAAUAGGUCUUGUAUAUACUUUAAGUUAGUGUUUAUAAAUAAAU